AUCUCUGAGCCCUGCAGCUCAACGUAGGAACUUAGUUCAGAAGAGUUUUCGCAUAUUAUUCCUGGUUUCCUCCCAGCUUUCCGUUUAAAAAUCCUCCAAACAAGGCCUUUUGCCGUUAGGAAAAAAGAAAAUUGUGUUAACUUAUUGCAGAUUAUCCAAAGAUGCCUCCAUAGACUCCGAUAUACCUUCAAUACAGUGGUGAAAUCCAAUUUUUUUUACUACCAGUUCUGUGGCCGUGGCUUGGUGGGUGUGGUGUGGUAAGGCUUGGUGGGCGUGGCAGGGGAAGGAUACUGCAAAAUCUCCAUUCCCACCCACUCCAGGGGAAGGAUACUGCAAAAUCUCCAUUCCCACUCCACUCCAGGGAAAGGAUACUGCAAAGUUCCCAUCCCCUCCCCACUCGGGGGUCAGCCAGGGGUGGUAUUUGCCAGUUCUCUGAACUGCUUGAAAUUUCUGCUACUGGCUCUCCGAACUACUCCAAAUUUCCACUACCGGUUCUCCAGAACCUGUCAGAACCUGCUGGAUUUCACCCCUGCUUCAAUCCGUUAUUUGAUUCUGGGGUUGGAGAAUUAUAAUACUUCUAUAUAAUCAUUAAUUUCCUACAGUGCGAUCUUAUCUCCAGAAGGAAAUGCUGGGUAAGGUUGCUUCUUUGUAAUUGUGCAAUCUAGGGAUGGGGACUUCCAGUUUAACCACAACGAAAGGUUUGGAAGUGCAAAGAUUUUAUCUCCUGCAAAAUCAUAAAGGAAAAAGAAUCAUGCCAAGAAAAAGGGUGAUUUCUACAUAAAACUGCAUCGAUUGUAUUAGCAUAUUGUGGUUAGUUAGAAAUCAGGUUAUUUCUGUGGCUUGGUGAGCUAUAUGAAUCUAGUUAAUUGUUUUUUGAGUAAAUACAUUUCAUUGUUUCAGGGGCUUCAAUUAUUCCAAUGUUAAGCACAGGUCAUUUAACUAGAGGAAAACACAAGGGUUAGUAUUUCCCAUGCCUUUAUUUGAAAGGCUAAAAGUAUUGUAAAAAAGCACUUGACUAUCAUUAAAAUUUUACACUGAUAAUCACUGUUGCCAUAUAUAUCAGCCUUUUCAAAAUUAACUUAAUUUAGGAACAUGUGAAUUUGCUUCAUUAAACAAGAGUUAGAUAAUUUAUUUCAUCUUGAAAUUUGAAAGAACUUUCUUUUUUAAAAAGCAACAUAGAAAGGGUAAUUUUAAUGGGUUCUGAAAGAAUUCUCAGCCUUAAAUGGGGUGGGGAAAGAGAUUUUGCAUAAUGGUACACAAUAUAUACCACUAAAUUCAACAGUGAGGAAAUAUAGUUCUCCUGAUGUGGAAAGUUUUCCAUUUGGUUCCAUGGUAUUCUUUUAACAUGAGCAGGUUUCUGAGUUACUAUAAUAAAAGCAUGGAUAUAAUUCAAAGCAUGGAAAUAAAGACAAAUGGAAAUAUUUGUGAUGUCCAAAAUGCUUUAUCAUAAUGUUCCUUAAAUGCUUUCCCCUAUUCCGUUGUGAUGCAAUAAUAAUCUUCCCCUAGAAAAAUGCAAGGUUGAUUAGUAAAGAAAAGAAACACAACAAAUGCUACUCUAAAAAUUCCAAGUUUAGCUUUCAAGACUUUGCUAUUUUUUUUUAUAUUGUUGAAUUAGAUUUCAUUUCUCCUUUUCCCAUGUAUAUUUUUAUAGAGUGAAUAGAAGACUUCUUUAUUUUUUCUUGGUCUUGUGAAAGUAAAACCAUAAAAAGAAAGAAGUCUGAAUAAAAAUUAGGCACACUUGUUUUUGUCAUUGAUUUGUAUACUCAAAACAAAUCUGUAGUAUGAAUCCUUGGCAUAGAAUCAUUUAAAAAAAGCAUACAAGUCCAGCAUAGAUUAUGUUAUGUUGUACAUUGCAAAUAAAUAUACAGUGCUGUUCAAAUAUACUAGAGAUUGUAUAUGGCUUCCCAAUGUUUGCAUGCCAAGGAAAUGUUAUUAUAUAUAAAUCAAAAUUAUUUGCCAUUUUUUCUUAUAAAAAUAUUUACCCUGAAAAUUAAUAGAAGAAAGUAGAACAUAAUUAUACAAAUAGUAUAUCCAAUCUAACAUUAUUUCAAAUAGCAUAUAAUCUGCCAUUAUGUUUUUGGUUCAAAAUUUACUUUAAGAAAAUAUUCAAAUUAUGUCUCUUAAACAAUAAAAUCUACUGUAUACUUAUGAUCUUUUCUUAAUGAAGAACUGCAUAAUGCCACAAAAUGCACUGAUAAAAGUCAUUGCACUGGAGAGUAACUUUGUGGAAAGUUUACUCCCAUGGAAGUGAGAAAGGAAGAUCUUCAGUUGAAUGGCAGAAUGAUUCUGUAGAGCAGGGGUGUCAAACUUGCCACGUCGCAUUGCCAUCACAUGAGGUUUUCCCCCUUCAUGGAGCUGGGGUGGAUGUGGCUCGUGCGUGACAUCCAUCCCAUGGACCGCCAGUUUGAGAUCCCUGCUGUAGAGUAUAGUGCAAGUAGAACAGACAUGUUUUCUUUAAACUAAAUCCUCCAAAGCUAAAACAGAACCCCAAAAAAUCAGUACUGAUGUUUUCUUUGCAAAUAGCUAGUGCAAUAAAUCACCUGUAACUGGAAAAUAUUUAAUCUAUCCAAUAUAGUUUGAAUUGCAGAUUACUUACAUUGUGUUCAAUAUUUUUCAUCUUAAAAUCAAAUUAAUGUAUUAACCUCUCUCAAUAGGAGUUUGCCUUUGGAAUCAAACUCUUAGAUCUGCAAUGGAUGCAAGGGUAUUAUGUAAAGUUUCCUUUACUUUUAAGUAAAGUUUCCUACUGUUCAAUGUAGACUUGUAAUGUGGAAAUAGAAUUACAAGCCAAACUUUUCUGUUCAUUUUUCAGUCUGUUGCUCUCUGGUCAUCUUGUUUUGGCUACUUAGUUGCUUCAACAUUGAAUGAAUUUCAUAGUAGAUAGUUCUAAACAAAGAUUGCUUAUUUGUUUGCUUAUUUAUUUGUAUCUGUUUAUUUUUUAUAAAUAACUCAACGUGGAGAACACAGAUAACACUCAUUUUUUUCCUCUUUUUCCCACAACAACAACUCUGUGAGGUGAAUUAGGCUAAGAGAGAGUGACUGGCCCAAAGUCACUCGACUGGCUUUCUUGCCUAAGGUAGGAUUAGAACUCAGAGUUUCCUGGCUUCUAGCCUGGUGACUUAACUACUAAACCAAUCUCCCCAGUUUGAGUUCUCCAAUCCAAUGAACAUAAGUAGUGGGCUCCAGACGAGUAAGGUUGAUCCUUUUUCUAUCGUUACACACUAAGAGAAUAAGGAAAUGGUUGUGCUAGAUCAGAGUUAGUGGAUGUUCAUGAUAUUGUGGGAAUAAAGAAUUUUUCAUUGUUUCCAGAGUAUUGAAAGAAGAUAGUUUAGGACAUAUUUUUGAGGCAUGCAGUUCUUUGGACGACUUGUCCAUACUCUGAACAAUGUCACCCACUUGUUCACAAACCCUCACCGGGUAAAGGAGGUAUCCUUGACAGACUAUACUUCUCGGAACCUUGUUAAACAAGACGAUAGGAUAAUCCUGUAUGAAAACAGUUCAGCUCGAUCCUGGGACUGUCUGCUUAUUAACCCUCAGAAUCAAAGCUCUGCCUUACGGCUUUUUCAAGUUGACAGUGAACAAAGUGCAUAUGAAUAUUUUGAUCUGUACGCGAAGCAGUUGCGUCCCUUCUACGAAAGCUAUCAUGAUCCUUUGUCUCUGGAAACUUUGCAACAGCUGACGGACUGUUUGCGAAGUCACCCCGGCUGGUCACUAGCACACAUAGCUGUAGAGUCUGGACUUCUGGGAAGCUUCCGACACAAUCUCAUUCUGAGCUGCAUAAAUAGCAACAGUUCUGACAAUGAAUGCACCCCACUUCACUUAGCCUGCCAAAAAGGUGAUUUUGAAUGUCUGAAGGAGCUGGUGGAGGAGUGCCAUGCCCGUGUUGAUCUUACAGACAAAAAUGGAGAAACUGUCUUCCAUUAUGCUGUUCGAGGGAGCAACCCAAAGAUUAUAGAGCUCCUGGGCAAGAAAGCAACUGUUGCUUUGGACCAUCUGAAUGAUGAAGGACAGAGUCCAUUGCACCUGGCCUGCCAGUUGGGCAAAGAAGAUGCAGUCUACUCUCUUCUUAAGGUUCAUGCCAAGUGCAGUAACUUGGGCGCACUGGGUUAUCCCAUCCACAUCGCUAUGAAGCAUUCUCAGAAAAGGUGUGCAGAAAUUCUUCUUGAUAAAGAAAUCAACCAGAUUCAGUUUCUAGACCCACGAUAUGGUGCUACACCCCUUCAUUGGGCCAGAAAUGCAGAGAUGACCCGGAUGCUUAUUGAGUAUGGCUGUGAAGUGAAUGCCCUCAGUGCAUCAGGGGAAUCGGCCCUUCAUAUUGCUGUGCGGCGUGGGCGUUUUGAUUGCACAAUGGUGUUGUUGACACAUGGAGCUAUGCCAAACACUAAAGAGAAGAAUGGCAACACACCACUUCAUCUGGCCAUGCAGCAAGACCACAUAGAAAUGAUCAAAGCCCUUAUUGUGUUUGGAGCGGAUGUGGAUAUCCCCAAUGAUUUAGGGGAGACACCUGGAUUGGUGGCAGCCAGGACAAGCAAAGACUACCAAGACAUCAUCCAUGUUUCAGCAGCUCUUGGCAACUUACUGAAGAGACCAGAUGUGGUGGACUCUGGCCCUGAGAAGAGGAGAAAUGAGGACCGCCUCCUGAGCCUGGACGGUGGGGGUGUCCGGGGCAUUGUACUCAUCCAGUUUCUCAUCGCUAUAGAGAAAGCUGCAGGGCGGCCCGCGAAAGAGCUCUUUGACUGGGUGGCGGGGACUAGUACAGGGGGAAUUCUGGCCCUGGCUAUUAUACAUGGGAAGCCCAUGGACUACAUGCGCUGUGUGUACUUUCGCAUGAAAGAUGAGGUCUUUCGAGGGUCACGGCCCUACGAAUCGGAGCCUCUUGAGAAUUUCCUGAAAAAGGAGUUUGGAGAACAUUCCAAAAUGACAGAUAUCAAGAGUCCUAAAGUCAUGUUGACAGCAACGCUAUGUGACCGACAGCCUGCUGAGCUCCAUUUGUUCAGGAAUUACAGUCCGCCAGAAGGAAGAAACAAAUCCCGUUUCAGAAUGAUGGGCUUAUUUCAACCAAUGACCAAGCCGGAAGAUCAACUGGUGUGGCAGGCUGCCCGUUCCAGUGGAGCUGCUCCAACAUAUUUUCGACCUGUAGGGCGGUUUCUGGAUGGAGGGCUGCUAGCCAACAACCCCACUUUGGAUGCUAUAACUGAGAUCAAUGAAUAUAAUAAGUCUUUAAUCCAGAAAGGGCAAGGUGACAAAGUGAAGAAGUUGGGAGUCGUCGUCUCUCUUGGAACAGGCAGAGCACCAAAAGUGCCUGUGAGCUCUGUGGAUGUCUUUCGUCCCUCUAACCCUUGGGAACUGGCCAAGACUGUCUAUGGGGCUAAAGAACUAGGCAAGCUGGUGGUGGACUGUUGCACAGAUCCAGAUGGACCAUGUGUUGACCGUGCAGCCGCCUGGUGUGAGAUGAUAGAUGCCCAUUAUUUCAGAUUCAAUCCCUCUUUGGAGACAGACAUCAUGCUGGAUGAAGUGAGCAAUACAAUCCUGGUAAACAUGCUCUGGGAGACCCAGAUGUACAUUUAUCAACACUGGGAUAAAUUCGAGCAGUUGGUAGAGCAGCUCCUAAUCAAAUAAAGCUUUUGUGAGGAUUUUUGGUACAAAUAAUGCCUGCCUUGAGCUGCAGCUUGUAUUAUCGGUGAGAAGUAGAAGAUUCUGCUGGCCAGCGGCUUGCCCCUUGUCUUCGUACCAGAAAAAUCAAGUGGAAGAAUUUGAGGAUUGCUCCCAUCAAAACAUCCAUCAGUUGUUUUAGGUCCUGUGACCGUCUCCCUCCCCACCUCAAUGUGCUGCUAUACCAGUAACCUUAAAGGUUUAAGUCAUUUCACUUUGUUUGUUGAUCAGAGUUGGAUUAUUCCUGCCUGGAAUCUAAGACUAGUUGUGUGCUAUGAAUUAAUUACUUAUACCUUUGUAUCUAAGGUUGUAACAUGAGUACUUGAACAAUUGAAAUUGCUCUUUUCUCGUUGUUUACAAGUCAUUUCCUGAGUUUCUUCUUGUGUGGAAGGAUUUAUUUAUUUUUUUUGCACAUGAGAAAACCUACCAUUCCCUUUCAACAUUAUUGAUACUAGGCAAACUUCUUUGCUCAUUCUAGACCUUCCUAAGUGCUUUUUUCCUUACUUCUAACUCCUUUUUUUCUGAGUCCUCUCACCCAUCGCCCCGAAGAAAUCACUUUGCUAUGAGUGGCACAAAAGAGUCCUGGAAGAAUGGAGGAUAGUACUUCCUUAUAAGAGGUAGUCUUCCCAAACAAAGACAUUUCUGAAUAAGGAUGAAAAAAUGUAGGAAUGGGCACACAUCAAAUAAGGAGACCAUUGACUGACAAAGUCAGUGGACGGGCCCAUGUUUUUAUGGUUGGCUUUUCUGUUUUCUCAUACUUUCUUCCUUCAUUAAUUUUUCUACUCAUGAAUGCUGUAUUUGCUGUUUUGUUUAGACAAAAAAUAUAAGGUGUACUGAUGUUUAACAAUGCACUAUUUUUCUAAGUUUUAACUGACUUAAUAGGAUGCACUGGAAUUGUUGAAAAACUGAUAAAGAGAAAUGAAUGCUGUAUUUGCUGUUUUGUUUAGACAAAAAAUAUAAGGUGUACUGAUGUUUAACAAUGCACUAUUUUUCUAAGUUUUAACUGACUUAAUAGGAUGCACUGGAAUUGUUGAAAAACUGAUAAAGAGAAACUAACAGGAAAUAUUUCACUCUCCCAUUAUUAUUUUCACAAGCUGUUUCAAAUUCAGAUGAAAAUUAUGCUGAUGUUAAAAAGUCCUCCCCCCCCAAAAGCAAGUGUUAAAUAA